AUGUCGUCCUAUCCGAGCAUCGUCUUCUGCGCCAUGUCUGAGUCUACUAUGCCAUCCGGAGAGCCUCCAGACUUCACUUUGGAUCCUCACACUGGUCUCACCUUCGUGCCUACCGUACGCCACGACACGUAUCCCGCCAUCGAUAUAUCCAAGGCCAACCUGGUUGGCAAGGUCGUGCUGGUCACUGGCGCAUCUAAAGGCAUUGGCAAGGGCAUCGCUAUUGCGUUCGCCAAAGCUGGGGUGUCGAGCUUGGUCCUCGUUGCUCGUUCUAACAUGACCGCCCUCGAGACGGAGUGCCUGACUGCACAGCGUCCUGGACAGUCACUGAAGGUGCUUGCGCUCUCCGGGUUUGACACGACGGACCCGACACAGGUCGCAGAUGCUGCUAAGAAGGUCAAGGAAACCUUUGGACGCCUAGAUAUUCUCGUCAACAAUGCGGGCCUGGUAGAGCCCCUGCACCUGGUCGCAGACUCCGACCCUGCGGAGUGGUGGAAGGUCUGGGAGGUGAAUAUCCGCGGGACGUACAACGUUACACGUGCAUUCCUCCCGUUGCUAAUCGAGUGCGGCGGUGACAAGACCAUUAUCAACAUGUCGAGUUUCUCUGCUCACCUCAUCGUGCCCACGUGCUCUGCGUAUCUGACCUCGAAGCUGGCGAUUUUGCGCCUCACCGAGCUGGUCGCGUUGGAGUACGGGUCUCAAGGUGUAAUCGCCUACGCUGUACAUCCCGGUUCGAUUCCGACGGACAUAACGGCGUCCAUAGGAGAGAAAUACCAGGAAGUUGUCGUAGACACCUUGGCGAGUGCCACGGACACGCUCGUGUGGCUCGUCAAGGAGCGUCGUGACUGGCUUUCUGGCCGCUAUGUCAGCUGCCAGUGGGACGUCGAGGAGCUCUUGGCGAAGAAGCAGGAGAUCGUGGCGGGUGAUAAGCUGAAGGUCAGAAUGAUGGUAUGA